AUGAAGAACAACAACAACGGUACUAAAACCAGCAACAGUAUUAACGACAACAGAAACUCUACCAGAAACGAUGAUGAUGAUGAAAGUAAGCUCUACGCCAAGUAUAUGGUCAGUUCGAGAGGAAGCACAGCCAGCCAUCUUCGUCACCGAGAACAAACUCUCGCGAUGAUCCAUCAACCAACAGGGUACACGUAUAACGACAAGAUGGAGGACACAGCCAGGGAGAAAAAACAUAAAAUCAUUGAGUUUUUGCGAACCUUCGAACCACAUAAGAAUGUCACAACGAUGCGUUAG